UCAGUUUCGGAGAUGGAUUAAUUCCUAUUGCAAUACGAGUUGAAUACUCUGAGGUUGCAAUGAUCUAAUCUAAUCAAUAUAUGUGUGUGUGUUGUAGGAGGAUGUACAGGCAAGUGAAGACAAGCAGGAUCAUCAACACUUUCAAGAACACAGCCUGAUCCCACAGCCCCAGCCUCCGGUUGCCGCAGCAGCCACACUCCCAGACGACAUACUGUUCUCGGAAGUUUUGGUGCGCCUUCCUGUUAAAUCCCUCAUGCGCUUCAAAUGUGUCUGCCCCUCCUGGUGCGCUGCCAUCGCUGAUGCUGACUUCAUUCGCCGCCAUCUAGACCACUCCCGAGGGAUUAUGCCGUCCAUUCUCGUCACCCCGCGCGAAAGCUCUGGCGACGACGACGACGACGACGAGUUCUCUGAGGAUAUCUCCUUCCACCGUCUCCAGCUUGAACAGGCACUGGCUGGCACCAUCAUGGAGGAGUUGAUGCUGAAGAAAGUGUCGCCGGACCAAGAAGAUGGCAUCACAAACAAGAUCUUCCUUACACACUGCGACGGCUUGGUGGCCAUCACGACCACCACAAACCAGGUAUUUGUGUGCAACCCAGCCACACAGGAAUUUGUCGCGCUGCCGACUAGGACCCCGGACUUUGACUCUGACGAAUAUUCCAAUGAGCCUACCACGGCAGCGCUCGGCUUCGAUCCACACCGCAACCGGUACGUCGUUGCCAGGUACUUCUACAAGCCCACAUCGAGCAGUGAGGACAACAACAAUAUGGGGCACGAGGUCUUCUGGCUAGGGGGCGAUUCCACAUGGUCUUGGAAGCCCACUCAAGACCCACCGCUACCGAUCUAUCAAACUCGACCAGCCUUCAUGGGAGGGGCCUUCUACUGGAAAUCUGCCGACCAAUCGCUGCUGCGGUUUAGCCUUGGCGAUGAGGCAUUUGAGGUGAUCCCACCACCUCCAGGCGCCUCCUCCCACUACACUCUUGAAAGUCUGACGGAACUAGACGGCAACCUGUGCCACACCUACACCUCGUCUCAGACCAAAUUUGAGGUGUGGCAGCUGGCGGAUGACAGGUCAUCAUGGUCGAAGCGUUGCCAAGUCAUUAACUUUGACUUGUCUUUUGGCUCGGAAGCCUUCUUGCCUGUUUGGGCUGGCAGGGGUGGGAUGCUGUUGGCUGUCGACUACAACAAGCUAUACUGGUACUGCGACAAGAGUGGAUCUCUAAAGAAAGUGGUGGACAUGGAACAUGAGGUGGAUUUGGGGAGACGAGAGGACGGAUUUUACCGGCAGCAGAUCGUUCCUUACAUUGAGAGUCUGGUUUCCAUAAGAAAGUGAUUAGUGCUGAAUGGUCCAGUGCAAGGUGUCCUACCAACUUGGGAGUAUUGGUGCUUGUUUGUCAGAUAUGCUGUUCAGUUUCCAAACUCCUUCAGAUAUAAUUUCCUUUUUCUUUCUUGGGAAGGGAGUCUUAUUGAUUCCCAGAUACUAUA